UAGUUUGACAGUAUUCGUAGUGUAAACAAAACUAAAAUUCAGUGUAAAAAAAAGGGAAAAAAAAAAACUCGGUGGGAAGGAGUCAAAUAUCGUGAAAGAGAGAGAAGGAGACGGCGAAGAUGGGCGGAGGAGGGCUGUUGACGGUGGUAGAACUGUUCGGCGCCGCCGCGUUACUUGUUGUCAUUGCCAUUAUUUCUAUCAUCUUCUUCGAAGCUUACAAUCGCCGAUUCAACAAUUCUCAUGUUGAAGGUGAAGCAAUUUUCGAAGAUCCAAAUUCUCUUAAUAAGGUUCCAUGCCCUUCAAUAUUUGAUCCCGCUGAGAAGUAUAUAUCUUUGAUAAUUCCUGCAUUUAACGAGGAGCACAGACUUCCAAGUGCACUUGAGGAAACUAUUAACUAUUUGCAACAGCGUGGAGAAAAAGAUAAAUCGUUUACUUAUGAGGUGAUAUUAGUGGAUGAUGGAAGUGUUGACGGGACCAAAAGAGUGGCAUUUGACUUCGUCAGAAAGUACAAGGUGGAAAAUGUUAGGGUUCUUCUUCUUGGAAGAAACUAUGGGAAGGGGGAAGCUAUUAGAAAAGGAAUGCUUCAUUCUCGUGGUGAAUUACUUCUUAUGCUGGAUGCGGAUGGAGCAACUAAAGUCAAUGACUUGGAGAAACUUGAAAAUCAGAUUCUUACAGUUGCUGGAAAGGAGACAGAUGUAAAUGCUUCUGGUGGCGGUGAUUCGAGUUUUGGAGUAUGUGAUGUUCCUGUUGCUGCGUUUGGUUCACGUGCUCAUCUUGAGGAUAAGGCUCUUGCUACGAGAAAAUGGUAUCGAAACUUUUUGAUGAAAGGAUUCCAUCUUGUUGUUCUUUUGGCUUCUGGUCCUGGUAUCCGCGAUACGCAGUGUGGUUUCAAGAUGUUUACCAGGGCUGCUGCACAGAAACUUUUUGGAAAUGUUAGGUUAAAAAGGUGGUGUUUUGAUGUAGAGCUUGUCUACUUGUGCAAGUGGUUUGGCAUUCCAAUGGUUGAGAUAUCUGUCACUUGGUCUGAGAUUCCAGGAUCAAAGGUGAACAUGUUGAGCAUACCCAACAUGCUUUGGGAGCUCGUGCUCAUGUCUGUAGGUUAUAGGACAGGUAUGUGGAGAAUCACUGUCUAAGCUUAUUUGGUGUACGGUGUACCUUCUUGGAUGAAACCUUCUGGUAUACGGCAAGACAUCCAGAGCGGCUUUUAAACUUUCACAACAUGAGUUGCUUAGAGUGAUUGUCCUCUCAUCCAGUUUUACUGAUUCCAACCAAAGGGGCUAUACAGGUGAGCACUGAAGUUGGGUUGCCUUAUGGUUGCCAUUCAUUAUUGUAUAAACUGAAUGUGAAAUUCAUUUUGGAGGGAUCUGUACUACACUGCUACUAUACCUAACAAUAGCCAUCUAACUCGUGGUAGAGGUAGCUAUAGUGGAUAGAGUAAUACGCUAAGUUGAAAAUUGUAUGUCUUGCCUUGUAGUUUAAGUUCAGGACUUGAAAUUUGUAUUCGUUUCUUUUUCCUACAGCUUCACACAGCUAAGAAGAUGAGAAUUAUUUGUAUUAAUGUUUAUUGAGGCACUUCAUAAUGUGGCCAAUUUUGCCUUUCAUAUAUAUACAGUUGGAGAUUUUCCAUCUUUAA